AUGAGUUUUCUCCGUUGACUUUGGCUGUUUGGAGUGAAUGAGUGUCCAUCCUCGGUCAACAAAACGAUCGGUUGGAAUUUGGAAAGGAAAAAAAAUAAGCUCUAAGCAGUGGCCAAAAAUAAUUAUUAUUUUGGCAAGAAUAAAUUAAGAAAAAGAUGAAUAUAAUGCACAUUUUUCUUGGCAAUAAAAUAAAUUAAAUUAAUUAAAUUAUGUUCACGUUCUGUGACAGCUGUCGUUUUUUUUGCCGGUGACAAAAGGUAAAUAUAUUCGUGCUCAGCGUAUCUAUGAAUGCAUUUCAGAAUUAAUUUUUUGAAUAAUGAUUAACAUAUAUGGUAAAUUUACCUCCAAAUUUUCGCUCUUCUAGCCACGGCGCCUGGCGACGUGACCAUGCAUGAUUAACAGGGGGGGUCGAAUGUGUAGAACCGCUCCCGUCCGUCCCACUGUGCUGACUGAACCGGUUCAAGAAGCUCUUCCUGUCUUAUCCGAUUCAUCAGACACGGAAUGGAUUCUAGAACUGACGUGCUUCUUAGCUGCAUCUGGUGGGAACUCGAGUCGUGAAGCGGGGAGUUUGGUGUUCCCUGUUCCGCGUGUGGACGGAGCCUAGUCAAAGAGUUGACUAGCACUUUAAGAUACGUAAACGAGCGCGGGCUCUCUCACGUGGAAUCUGCCGACCCGACCGGAAUCGGGAGCAUGGAUCGUGCACCGUCUCCGAAUCUUACUCAAAAGCUUCUAUACUUUAAGAAAUGAUUAUUUACCCCCUGCGGUUCAUCAAAUCACGCCACUGUAUCCUUCUAGUUUUGAAUUCUAGGAUUUAAAUGAAAAUUAUAAUGAAAGUGUAGGGGCCAAUUGAAACUUUGGGUCAAUCUUUUCGGCGACCUUUUUCUCCAAUGGGAAAAGUGGUAGAAAACCGAGUAAACAUUCUCGCAAACGACUGGUUCCUCGGUCUUCUAUUUAAUGCCAUCUCCAUCUCCCAUGCCAAGACUUGGACACUUCUCCAACUCCCCUCCAAGUACUCUCAUCCCUCUCCGGCGACCGUUGACUCAUCCAACUCCGGCGAGGCGACCAGUACCAACGGCGGCCAAGUUCGUUACAUGGAUACAGGCGGCGGCGGGGGGCCGGAAGUGCUCACUCUGGACACCUCUGCUCCUAUUUUCCUCUCUUCUUCUUCUCUAACCGCCGGCGCCGCCCACGGUCGUGGAGUCCUGAACCAAAAGCCACCGUCGACGCCGUUGGCCUCCGGCGUCGAGAUGGAUUUCUUCGCCAGCGAGAAGGAGGCAGCAACAACUGCGGCGAGCGAAAAUCAUCACGGUUUCCAGGUUAAGAAGGAAGCCGUCGCCAUUCAGACUGCUCUGCAACUUGGCAACGCGAGAUCAAGUGAUGCGUCCAAUACCGUCGACGAUGGAAUGCCCAAAGAAGAUCAUAACGAGUUGGCGGCCAUCCGAGCUGAGCUCGCACGCAUGAAAGAAGAGAACGAGAAGCUGCGAGAAAUCCUGAGCAAAGUGAGCAACGACUACAAAGCCCUUCAGAUGCAUCUCGCCGCACUCAUGCAGCAGCCGCAACAGUUUGCAAAAGACAAGAUGCUCCCCAGGCAGUUCAUGGAUCUGGCUCCAGUUAAUUCGCCGUCGAACUCAUCGACGGCGAGCCCCGGACGCUCUGUCUCGCCGCCGGAAGUAGGAUCUGUAGGUCUGGAUCCCGGCAAAGCUUCGACGUCUAGUGAUCAGCAAGCAUCGCAAGAAGCCACAUUCAGGAAGACUCGUGUUUCUGUUCGAGCUCGAUCGGAAGCUCCGAUGAUCGCUGAUGGAUGCCAAUGGAGGAAGUACGGGCAGAAGAUAGCGAAGGGAAACCCGUGCCCUCGAGCUUACUACCGGUGCACCAUGGCCGCCGGCUGCCCUGUUCGCAAACAAGUGCAAAGGUGCGCGGAGGAUCGAUCGGUGUUGGUAACGACCUACGAAGGCACGCACAACCAUCCCCUGCCGCCGCCGGCGAUGGCCAUGGCGUCGACGACCUCCGCCGCCGCCACCAUGCUCCUCUCCGGAUCGACGUCGAGCGCCGACGGAAUGAUGCUGGCCAAUUACCUCCUCCCCUCUUCGUCGAGCAUGGCCGCCUUAUCGGCCUCCGCGCCGUUCCCCAGCGUCACGCUGGACCUCACUCAGCCGCCGAGUGCUAAUCCCCUGCUGCAGUACCAGUUACGGCCGCCGGCCACCUUCGCGUCGCUCUUCGGCGGCGCCUCCCGCGCGCAAUACCACAGCAACCAGUCGACGUUCUCGGGGCUGCAGGUGUCGCCGGAGACGGUGACGGCGGCCACCGCUGCGAUAACUAGGGACCCUAAAUUCACCGCUGCGCUGACAGCCGCAAUCAAGUCCAUCAUCGGCGGCGGUCAAGAGGCAGCAGCUGGCACCGCCGACCGCGGUGACAGCGGCGGCAACGACGUCAGUGGCGGUCAGAAAUAGCAACGUACAGAUCAAGCCACCGGCAAAUUUCUUUCUUUCUUUGUUUGUUUCUUUCUCGGUUUAAUUUCUUUUGUUUAAUUUCGUGGAGAGAAAAGGACGGAAUACCAAACGCAAACCGUAACCGUGUAAAUUAUGAUAGAUUUGUUGUUACUGUGCGUCGGCGAUGGAAUAAAGACGCAACUGCUGCAUGAAUUGAUGGACAUCUCGAUCUUAAUUGUCGAUCCUUUGACGGUUUGCCUUCUCCAACAGUUUGAAAAAUGGCGGUUGGUGGAUGGAUUUUCAUUGGAUGGAUGGAGACCAAAAUGUUGAUACGAUAAUUAAG